AUGCCUCGAAUACGCGCAGCAGAACAGGCACUGAGCCUAAUCGCCUCCUCCUCCGCAAAACCUCAAUACGUCUGCCGCGCCUGUCGCGCGCACGCCGCCACCCGUCAAUUCCACACCACCCGCCCCUUCGCCGCAGACGUGGGCUUCUUCAAGCGCAUCCAGCAAAGCCUCUUCGGCGGCAAAAAGGCUCCCGAGCAAGAGGCGCAGGCGAAGAAGCAGGUGGAAGAACGGGCCAAGGCCGAUGCGGAGAAGCAGCGCACGGGGCAAGGGAGAGAGCGCAAAGGGAGGGGAUAUGAGGUCGCUGCUGUCUAUGAUCCCUCGAUUAAUCCUGAAUAUGUCAUGGCGAACAAGUGGGAUGAGCUGGAGCGCGUGGGUGGUGAGAAGUGGGUAAAGGCGCAGAAGGAUCAGGGCGUCAAGUAUAAAGGAUUCAACCGCCACAAACCCGCUGAACUGGAGGACGAGCAGUGGUUGAAAGUGCUGCGCUACGUCGCCGUUAAAGUGCGCGGCAGGCAGAGAAUCGGCCAGGAUGCUUUGAACGCCAAUCUCGGGCUGCAAACUCUCCCCGUCGUCCUCGAACUUCCUACCGAUGGUACAAAGUCGCUGGAAAAAUGGGCUUACGCUGCUUCGCGCAUCUCACAAGGCCCGGGAUCUACGUCCACUGCAUCAGCAACGCGCGCGUCACACACUUUGGACCCCGAGACUAUGGAAAAGGAGCCUUGGCUAGCCAUCCCCCUUCAAGACCCCAUGGUCAAAUUCGCCAUCACAAAACGCGUAACUCAACUCACCGGCCACCGCCUCCGCGACCCCACCAUCUCCUCCGCCCGCACGCUCGCCGACCUCUACACAGCCUACAAAACGAAAGCGGCGCCCAAGAAGCUGGCCAAAACGGCCGAGAUGAUGACUCUGAGGGAGUACGCGCCGAAUGUGACGGUCAAGGAAAGAAGGCAGACGCCGAUUCAUAAGGAGAAGGCGAUUGGGAGGUGGAAGGUGAUUGAGGAGGAGUUGAUUGCGAGGGAUUUGCCUGUUACUGGGACGAGGUGGAAGGGGGCGCGGCCUAGUCGGAUUGCUUUAACGCGGUGA